AUGGCUGAUCACUUUUCCUACAUGGUGGAGCUCUGUUUAAAGAUUGCUGAAUCAGAAGAAGAACAUCCCAUUCCUAUUGAUGAUCACGAUCCAACUUUUCCCAAGAAGCCCACAAGAAAAAAAAUCAGUCCCAAGAAUACUACCAAUUACCUCCCCAACCUCAUGGACAAUUUGUCCAUUAAUGCCGGCCAAGGGUCCGCCAAAAACGACAUGAAAUCCGCUAGUACUGCUCCGUACUUUACCACGCCAAAGAAGAUAAAGGUGCAAUACGUAGAUACACCGGUGCUAGAGAAUAAAACCAACUUAGAAAUUGAUGAUGUAUCGCCUGGAGAGAGGAAGAGAGAGCGAAAGAAGGCCGCCAGGAGCCACUUGUCGGAUAUUAAAACUGAUCAGAAGGAAAACUCCGGAACAACAAAGAAGAAGAAGGUGGAGAGGAAGCCGACGAAGACCGUGGUGAUAGAUGGACCGAACCCGCCACCGGGCAUGCCGGAAAAUCUUAGGGCUUUGGUGGUGAAACUGCAAGGACGGGACGGUGCUGAUGAUCAUGAUCACCACCAAGCUGCAGCGAGACUGAUUCUCCAGAAGCAACUGUACCAGAGUGAUCUGGAGCCGCAGCAGAGCCGGCUUUCAAUGCCGUUGAAGAAGCUGGGUUCGGACGAUUUUCUGAGCGAGGAGGAGAAGACGGAGAUCGCCAAGAAUACUAAAGGCUUUGAUGUGAAGGUUAUCGAGCCAUGUUCGGAGUUGGAUAUAACGACGAUGCAUUUGAGGAAGUGGGACUACAAUACUAGUAGUUCUUAUGUUUUGACAAAUAAGUGGAUCAAUGUUGUUAGAAAUCAUAAGCUAGUGCCCAAAGAAAUUAUACAGAUUUGGUUUUUCAGGGACAAGAAUCAAAUGCCCUGCUUUGCCCUAGUCAUCCUUGGGAGGGAAUAG